CCGAGCUUCCGCCCGGGGAGCCGGGCAGGGCGGAGACAGCGGCCGCCGGGAGAGCACGCGGCGCGGCUAAGAUGGCGGCUCCCCUGGCCGGGCAAGCAGGGGCUGUGCUGCGGAACCUGGCCCUGACAUCCGCCCGCCUGCGGGGCAGUUUCCCGGCUGUUCAAUUAACCCCUAGACGAUGGCUGAACCUGCAGGAGUACCAAAGCAAAAAACUAAUGGCAGACCAUGGGGUUACAGUUCAGAGAUUCUUUGUAGCUGAUUCUGCAAAUGAUGCCCUGGAGGCUGCUCAGAGACUAAAGGCAAAGGAAAUUGUUUUGAAGGCACAGAUUCUGGCUGGAGGGAGAGGAAAAGGUAUUUUCAAUAGUGGAUUGAAAGGAGGAGUUCAUCUGACUAAAGACCCUAAGAUUGUUGAACAGCUUGCUAAACAGAUGAUUGGGUACAAUCUGUCAACAAAGCAAACUCCAAAGGAUGGUGUGAUAGUUAAAAAGGUGAUGGUUGCAGAAGCACUGAAUAUUUCCAGGGAAACGUACUUUGCAAUUUUGAUGGACAGAGCCUGCAAUGGACCUGUUAUGGUUGGCAGUCCACAGGGUGGUGUUGACAUAGAAGAAGUUGCAGUUACUAGCCCAGAACUUAUCUUUAAGGAGGAAAUAGAUAUUUUUGAAGGCAUAAAGGAUCAUCAGGCAUUGCAAAUGGCAAAAAAUUUGGGAUUCAAAGGACCUUUGCAACAGCAGGCGGCAGAUCAAAUUAAGAAGCUGUAUAAUCUUUUCUUGAAAAUUGAUGCCACUCAGGUUGAAGUGAAUCCCUUUGGUGAAACUCCAGAAGGGCAAGUUGUUUGUUUUGAUGCCAAGAUAAACUUUGAUGACAAUGCAGAAUUUAGGCAAAAAGAAAUAUUUGCUAUGGAUGACAAGUCUGAAAAUGAGCCUAUAGAGAACGAAGCUGCCAAAUAUGACUUAAAAUAUAUAGGACUGGAUGGAAAUAUUGCUUGCUUUGUCAAUGGAGCUGGACUUGCAAUGGCAACCUGUGAUAUAAUAUCCCUGAACGGUGGAAAGCCAGCCAACUUCUUGGAUCUCGGUGGAGGUGUGAAAGAAGCACAAGUAUAUCAAGCAUUCAAACUGCUGACUGCUGAUCCAAAGGUUGAAGCAAUCCUUGUAAACAUUUUUGGUGGGAUUGUGAACUGUGCCAUUAUCGCCAAUGGUAUUACCAAAGCCUGCCGAGAGCUGGAGCUGAAAGUACCUCUGGUGGUCAGACUGGAAGGAACAAAUGUUCACGAAGCCCAGCGUAUUCUGAAUGAAAGUGGACUCCCCAUCACGUCUGCAAAUGACCUUGAGGAUGCAGCAAAGAAGGCAGUGGCUAGCGUGGCCAAAAAAUGACAACUUGAAGAUUAUUCUCAUGGAAAGUGUGCGUGUUUCACAAGGCGUCAUUCCUGUUCUUGUUUCAGAGAGGAUUAGUGGAGUUUUUCUAAGCAGUCAUCAGAGUCGGUGGACUUAAUUUGUGAUACAUGGCAAACUCAGGCCAUAGGCUUGCAAGUCAGGCUUCAGAAAUUUUGCAGCUACGUUCUUGAAAAGUUUGUAUGUCUUCAUCUAAGUUUGGUCAUUUUGUUACUCAGAAUUGUCGUAAGUAAUACUUCACUUCAUAAAGCUCUGUUUCUGCUUUCCUUCCAAAAUUGUCACUGAUAAACUCAUGAUAAGAUAAAAUAAUUACUAAUUGACUUCUAUAAACAGGAUUGUUCUUUAAUCAAACACACGUAGUUCACCUAAUUAACGAUAUUUUCAUUCAUUUUUUUAUAUUGUAAAGAGUCAGCAAACUAAUAAUGGGUUUAUAUUUUUUAUGGACUUUUACAAUAAUGUAAAAAAUUGUGCUUACAAUAUCUAUUUUUAUUCAAAUGAAUAAUGUUUAUUUUCUUUUCUAGAAAUCACACAUUUUGCCUUAAGAUGAUUUUCUUUUGUAGAUGCCAAAGUAUACCUCACAAUAGGAAAAGGGAUCGAACAAUUGGGAGCGAAAAGACCUUCCAUUCUUAUACUGUGCCUGUAAGCCAGCAAAAUGUGAUUCAUUUUAUUUUCUAGUUUUUGGAAAUGAGGUGCAGUAUUUCUAGGUGUGACAGUGCCAUACAUAGAGCUCGAGGAGGAUGUGUCUGCCACUAAGAAAAUGGCUGCUAACUUUUUUAAAUAACCUCUUUCAUAAGUAUGUCACUGCUGUGAGGUUUUAAAAUAAGAUGAGAACCUGUUUUCUGUCAGGAGCAAUUCUUCAAUUGAUUUAACUUCCAAAAACCAUUUCUGAUUUAUUGGGAAUAAAGCACAAAUGAACUUUUCCAUUUUUAAAGUAUUUGAUUUCUCAGGCAUCAGUAAAAAUACGUACAAGAAAAAAGAAAAAAAA